ACUCAGAACUCUAUCUUUUCAUAUCAUCAAAUUUUCAUUCACCAGGUCAACUCAACUGCACAACCCAAAACACAAAACCCAGAUCAGAUAAAAAGUUUCAAACUUUCUGUCCCUUUUGAAUCACCCAUUUUCCUCAUUUCAAUGGAACCCAGAUUUGGGUAUCUUGUUCUGCUGCAAUUGUUAUUGUUUUCGGGUUCAGUUCCUUUUAUUGCAGAAUCCAAGUGUACACAGGGUUGUCCACUAGCUUUAGGCUCCUACUACAUAUUGAGAGGCACAAACCUCACAUAUAUUUCAGGGAUUUUGGCAUCCCAAGUUCUUACAAGUCCUGAUGACAUAGUUAGUUACAGCAAAGCUACAAUACCAAACAAAGACAGUGUUCAAUCAGACAUAAGGGUCAACGCUCCAUUCCCAUGUGAUUGUAUUAAUGGUGAGUUUCUUGGUCACACGUUUCAGUAUGAUGUUCAGAAUGGGGACACUUAUGAGAAAGUUGCUGGUACCAAUUAUGCCAACCUAACCAAUGUUAAUUGGUUGAUGAAGUUCAAUAGAUAUCCAUCCAAUAACAUUCCUGACACUGGAACGCUUAAUGUUACCAUUAACUGUUCUUGUGGUGAUAGUGAUGUCUCAAAUUAUGGGUUGUUCAUCACAUACCCUCUUAGGCCUGGGGAGACUUUGGGGACUGUGGCAAGUUCUGUGGAUCUUGACUCGGGGUUGUUGCAGAGGUACAAUCCUGGUGUUAAUUUCAACCAAGGGAGUGGCCUGGUUUAUAUUCCGGGCAAAGAUCAAAAUGGUAGCUAUGUGUUUUUGGGGUCCAGCACAGGUCUUGGUGGUGGUGCUAUUGCUGGAAUAGCUGUUGGAGUAGUGGUUGUUCUUCUAUUAUUGGUAGUUGGUAUAUAUGUCGGAUAUUUCCGGAAGAGGAAGAUACAGAAGGAGGAUCUUCUUCCACAAGAUUCCAAAGCACUCUUUGCUCAAGAUGGGAAGGGUAUAGUUAUUUCAAAUUCUCAGGGUGCUGCAAAUGAAACUUCAGGACCUGGUGGUCCUUCUGCCAUCACAGGCGUAACAGUGGACAAAUCAGUGGAGUUCUCAUUAGAUGAAUUAGCAACGGCCACAGAUAACUUUAGUAUGGCUAAGAGAAUUGGUAAAGGUGGUUUUGGCACUGUCUACUAUGCAGAGUUGAGGGGAGAGAAAGCUGCAAUCAAGAAGAUGGAUAUGCAAGCAUCAAAAGAAUUUCUUGCUGAAUUGAAAGUCCUGACACGUGUUCACCAUCUUAACCUGGUGCGGUUGAUCGGAUAUAGUAUCGAGGGCUCUCUUUUCCUUGUCUAUGAAUUCAUGGAGAAUGGAAACUUAAGUGAACAUCUGCGUGAUUCAGGUAAAAGAGAUCCACUGCCAUGGGCUACCCGAGUGCAGAUUGCUUUGGAUUCCGCCAGAGGUCUUGAAUAUAUUCAUGAGCAUACAGUGCCUGUAUACAUUCAUCGUGACAUAAAGACAGCAAAUAUAUUAAUAGACAAAAACUUCCGGGGAAAGGUUGCUGAUUUUGGAUUGACAAAACUGACAGAAGUUGGAAGCUCAUCCCUUCCCACUGGUCGUCUUGUUGGAACAUUUGGAUACAUGCCACCAGAGUAUGCUCAAUAUGGAGAUGUGUCUCCCAAAGUAGAUGUGUAUGCUUUUGGAGUUGUUCUUUAUGAGCUUAUUUCGGCUAAGGAAGCUAUUGUCAAGACAAGCGAAUCAGUUGCUGACUCAAAGGGCCUCGUAGCUUUGUUCGAAGGAGUUCUUAGUCAGCCUGAUCCUACAGAAGAUCUUUGCAAACUAGUGGAUCCAAGGCUUGGGGAUAACUACCCUAUUGAUUCAGUUCGCAAGAUGGCUCAACUAGCCCACGCAUGUACACAGGACAAUCCCCAACUACGUCCAAGUAUGAGAUCAAUUGUGGUUGCUCUUAUGACACUUUCUUCAACGACUGAUGAUUGGGAUGUUGGCUCCUUCUACGAAAAUCAAAAUCUUGUGAAUCUGAUGUCUGGAAGAUAAGGAUGAUACCUUGGCAAAUAUUUUACGUUUACAAUGAUAUGUUUAUUGUUUUGGGUCAAAUUGGGACAACACAACAAUUCUUGAAGCAAACCACGUUUGUAAAAUAGGUGUGGCAAGGAGGAAUUUGUACAUUUUACUAGUCAGGACUCAGUAGAAAUUUGUAAAACCACGUUUGAUAAAUAAAUUUGAAGGAGACA